UCUCCGCUCACAAGGGUCUCUCGGCGAGCAUGAGAAGACACGUCUGAGUGGACAUCCACAGCGGACCCCUGGACACUUGACGGGCUGCAGAGGACGUCUCCGCAUCUGAGAUUUCUGUCCAUUUCUACACGCAGACAGCUCCGCGCGGCGCCAUGACCAGGAAGGUGUUCACCAACACGAGGGAGCGCUGGCGCCAGCACAACGUCAACACGGCCUUCGCCGAGCUGCGCAAGCUCAUCCCCACCCACCCUCCGGAGAAGAAGCUGAGCAAGAACGAGAUCCUGCGGCUGGCCAUGCGCUACAUCAACUUCCUGGUGCAGCUGCUGGAGAGCCAGAGCGGCCAGCCGGCCGGCCACUCCCCCGCCGCCCUGCUCACCUUCCUCCGAGGAAACAUGCAGCAGCUGCACUCCCCUCCGCACGGCUGGGCCCUGACCAGCGACACCGAGGUCCCGUCGCCCGGCUCCAGCUGCGACGGCUCCGAGGCCUGGUAGAGCCGCGGGGGGAGAAAACGGACAAACAAACAAACAAAACAAAAAAAAAAAAAAAAAGGAAGAGGAAACUCCAGAGCGGACCGCCGGGGCCCCCCGAGGGGUUAGAGUAACCUGCAGGUGUCCUUCCUCGGCGCCCGUUGUUUGUAUGCAGAAAGAUGCGAUGUCGUGUGAUUGUUUGUGGACCCCGAACGUGGGUGACAUCGUGGGCGCGGCCUCCCGGCGCGGCGGUGAUGUGUGAUUUGCGGGUGGAAAUGAAUCUGUAUUCUGCAUGGAAUGGAUGUGUUAAAACCCGGAUGUACAAUAUUCCCUUCAUGUCUUCAUGCUAAUAUUCCUUGUCGCCGGGCAGCCUGGAACUAAUUGGGUUUUGCAAUGACGGGGUGUUUUGGCGAUGAGGAAAACGGAGGGGAUUAAGGAAUUUGCUCAUUCCAAGCAACAGAUUCAGUCAUUUGAAUAGAUAAUGGCUCAGACAAUUCUCCCGAAUGCAAUUGUCUCCAAAGAGCCAAUGGCUCCUUUUUUCGUUUUUUAAACCAACGACAUGCGGUUUUUCUAAAUCUGACCUUUAUUUUCAUUAAUAAGCAAGCUAAUCCGUCUCCGUAGGAGGACGUUCCGUCAAAGACUUUUGAGGUUUCUCGCCAAUUUGACAAAGCAAUGUUGAGUAUUGGUUGACCGCAGAUUUAUUCUUAGGAUUGAGCUGAGGAACUUCAGCAGAAGCGACAAUCCUCCCACAGUAAUUUCAUGCUUCAUCACACAAUCAUCUCCUUAUUUCAAUGUGUUUGAGUCUUUGUAAAAUACGCAUGUCAUAUAGCCAAAGAUUCUGAAUUGAUUGUACUGUGAAGAGUGUGCUGAUGAUCUUCUCGUACCUAUUUUGUAAGUUAUUUUGGUGUGCUUGUGAAUAUACAGUAUGUUAUUUAUUUGAACUAUUUAUUUAAUAAAUGAUUUGAUAAUAAUUUA